AUGAAUGGAGAAGAGAUAAAAUGCCCCUGUUCUAGGACAAAAUGUAGAAAUACGAAUUUUCGAGAUGUCGAAGUUGUGAAACUACAUGUCUUGCAGUCUGAGUUUGUUCCAGAUUACUAUGUCUGGAUUCACCACGGUGAGGUGAAUGUCCCUCCUGUUGUUCAGCAGCCGGUUAAUGAAUACGAUUACUAUACUGAGGGAGGGGGAGAUUUAAACUCCGGUCAGAGAAUGGUUAUUGAUGCUGCUGGUCCUGAAGUUUUUGAGGAAGAGACCCCGAAUGAAGAAGCUCAAAAGUUUUUUGAUAUGAUGAGUGCGGGGUCGAUAUCUUUAAUUGACGACACCUGCCGUUUAUUACAAGAACUGCUUCCAGAGAACAACAAAAUGCCGAAAUUUUUUGCUAAUAUCAAGAAGCUGGUGAAAGGUCUCGGGUUGCCGGUUGAGGUUAUUGAGUGCUGUUUGCACAACUGUAUGAUUUACUGGGGGGCGGACGAGGAUUUAACCCACUACAAAGUUUGCACAUUUCCUCGGUGGAAACCUGUUACGAAAAGCAAUUCGGCCAAAAGAAGGGCUAACGUUCCUUAUAAAAAAAUGUUUUAUUUCCCUUUAACUCCGAGGCUGCAAAGGUUGUACGCUUCCAAAGCCACGGCUAAACAUAUGACAUGGCACGCUGAACAUGAAAUGGAAGACGAGAAGAUGUGUCAUCCUUCUGACUCUCCGGCGUGGAAACGGUUCAGUGAGUUGCAUACAGAUUUUGCUGAUGAAACAAGAAAUAUCAGACUAGGCUUAUGUACUGACGGGUUUCAACCAUUUGGUAGUUUUGGAACACAAUAUUCUUCCUGGCCAGUCAUUGUGACGCCGUAUAAUCUGCCUCCAGGCAUGUGCAUGAAGGAUGAGUUUAUGUUUUUGACAAUACUUGUCCCGGGACCUGGAAAUCCAAAAGACCAGAUGGAUAUAUUCCUGCAGCCGUUAAUAGCGGAGUUGAAUCAAUUGUGGGAAUCUGGAAUUCGGACCACAUCAGGAAGACUGGCAUGUCCGCAUUGUAUGGAAAAUACCGAGGCAUUCACGUUGCCCGAUAGUGGUAAACAGUCCUGGUUUGAUUGCCACAGAAAAUUUUUACCUACGGGCCAUCAUUUUCGUCGGAAUGUUACUGAAUUUCGAAAAGGCAAACAAGUAAAGCACAAAUUUGGAGGUGUGAGGACUGGAGAUGAAGUAUUAGCAGAGGUUGACGGUCUGGGGUUUAAGAGGGCUUAUGAGACAGAUGCUAAGGCUACGAAUGCUGAUCUAUCUAAAGGCCGUGGUUGGAAUCGAAAGAGUAUCUUUUGGGAUUUACCGUAUUGGAAGACAAAUGUAAUCCGGCAUAAUCUCGAUGUCAUGCAUAUUGAGAAAAAUGGAUUUAAAAAAGAUUUUGCUCGAAUGGAUUCAAAAGUUAAAGUUUCCGGACGGUUACGUGUCCAACUUGGCAAGGUGUGUUGA